AUGGCGUCUCCCUCGAAUCACUCUCCGGAGACACGGCGGCAGAUUGCGGAAGCCCGCGCCGCCCUCGAAGCCUCAAUGUCCAACAUCGGCUCAAGCCUCGACCACACUCUUCGUUCUCGAGCCGAAAACCUCCACUCUAACUCCAAACAACUCGAGAAGCAGCAGAAAGAUGUCAUCAAAGCAACAGCCGAUCUACACAAGGAGUCUGCCAAGCUGCAGAAAUUGGCAGAUGAGGGCAGCAAAAAGAUCAAGGAGUUGGGCAACGUGCAGAAUUGGGCGGAGAUGCUGGAGAGAGACUUCUUGGUGCUCGGGGAGACGCUGAGAUUGGCAAAU